UUUAAAAUAUUCAUUGUUUUAUGCUGAUGUCAAAUGACAAAUUUCAGACAUUUUAGUAGAAGCACAUAUGUUAUGAUCAUUUCUGGGGAAUGGGAGGUUUUUAUUGAAGAUGAACGCGUGAUGUUCAGGCAUGGUGAAUUGCUCUACAUACCGAAAAACUUUAAAAUGCAGAAAUCUUACACAAAAGGAAAAUUUCUAGCUAUUGUCAUAACUUGGGAUCAAUUCAAGCAAGGGGAAAAUGAAACGACUAUAAACUGCAACCCUGUAACGCUACAAAGCGCUCAAGUUAAACGUGGUUGGAGUAGAAAUACGUCGAUUUCAGCACAAGCAAAUAGCACAAAGUUGAAUACUGGAUAUACCAUUCCUCCGAUAGGUCUUGGGACAUAUAAACUUGGACCAAAAACUUACGACACUAUUGGGCGCGCGUUACGCAUUGGCUAUAGAAUGAUUGAUGCUUCGAAAGAUUACUUUGCAGCCCAUGAUCAAGAUGAUUCAGUAGUACGAGAAAUUGCCAAGGCUAUUGAAGAGAGCAAACUUAGAGAAGACAUUUUUCUUUCAAAAAGUAUUAUUCUGAGUACAACUAGCGAAGAAAUCGAUGAAUUGAUUCAAGAUUCGUUGAACAAUCUGCAGUCAUCUUAUAUGGACUUACUGAUGAUUGAACUUCCGUUUCGCGAUCAUGAAGACAAUAUCCCUUUGCCAGAAAGUCUCUGGAAGUUGGCAUCACUUGAAAAAAUUUCAGAAAUCGGCGUAAUUCGCAGCUUAGGAAUACGCAAUGUAAAAGAUCACAACGAACUUUCUUCAAUACUCGCUGUGACUGGAAAAUCCUUAUCGGUUGUACAGAAUUGGUUUGACCUGUUUCGCCAAGAUAAUAAAGUGAGGCAGGAAUGUAGAAAGAACAAUAUAACCUAUAUGGGAUACGGUAUUAUGGGAUUCAGAAGAAUGAUCUUAGAGGAUACAUCGGUGAACAGAAUUAUAGAAAACCCAGUUGUGACGCAGUUAGCUCUUAGGCGAGACAUUCCACGUGGUUCGUUACUUCUUCGAUGGGCUAUGGAAAGAGGAGUCGUAGUCACACCGUCCAGUAGUGAUGAAUAUCAUUUAGAAAGCAACUUCUAUAGCAGGCAACUCGGAAUAAGAGAGGAUUCUUAUAUUGAACUUGAUAACAUAGAGAAAACGGCAGAAAGUGAAAUGAACGAAGAAGACGAAACCGCUCUAACGGUAGAAGUGGAAAACAUAAACCCAAAAGAGGAAUUGUAGACUAGACACGAAUCACAGAUUUAAAAAUUACUGUCCCAAUAUAACUUCUUUGUCAGCUGAGCAAAACGAUAUCUUACAAGAAUGCAAUAUAUCUUUGAGAUCUCAAUAAUAUUUUAUUGAGAUUGCAUAAAUAUAUUUCAUCAAAUCUAUAGAAAUCUGCAAUUUA